CACUUCCCCACAAGCACCCUUGCUUCCCCCGCACUUUGGCUGGGAAACCCCCCUCUGUGGCUUAACCGGAGCUUUAAAACCCCGCCACGGGAAGCUCGCUGCUGAGGAGAUGAGAAGACGUAUUGUUUUGCCUCUUCUCUUUUUUUCCAAUUGCGGUCCAAGUCUGGCUGAACAUUGGAGACCGUUGUCGUUUGAAUCGCAUCACUGCUUGAACUUGACGGGAGCCCCCAGAAACAACCCUGUCACGUUGAAACAUAGUAGCAAUAGAUUAGCAAAGUCAGAAGCAUUCGGUAAGCUUCCAUCUGGCUGUUCAGUGCCCGUCUGGCGUCAAUUGCGGUUUGUAUGUUGAUAACUGACCACUUGCAAUCGGUACCAUCAGAACAGCACCAUGGCGAGCUCAACAACCGCCAAACGCGACUCCAUGGACGCGACAGCAAGCAGUCUCGAGGCGAAAAUGAAAGCCGCUUCCCUCUCGCAGCAGGAAAGCACUCCGGCGCCAAAGCGGCCUCUGGGCCUCACUGACCUCCCCGCGUCAGUCCGCAACAACAUCUACAGACACUGUCUCGACACGGAAGCCGUCAACCUCGGCGAGCCAAACGUCUCCUACACGCACAAAAUCCACGACGGCAUCCUCACUUUCUCCGCGUCCCGCAAGCCGUUCCCCGUCGCCACGAGCCUGUUCUACGUCAGCAAGGCAGUGGGCCGCGAGGCGCUGGCGUACUUUUACGAGAAAAACCUCUGGGUACGGCUGGAUGUGUACACGGCGGAUGCGCGGCACGCAAAGACGCUGCUGGAAGACUCCGGGCUGCUCUUCUCGACGGCCACGCCUGCGGCGGUGGAAAAGAGCACGCAGCACGCGCUUGAAGUCGUGCUGGUGGAAAAGAACUCGGCGCAGAAACGCGCGGCUGUCAUGUUUCCCGCACAGUACCUCCCGCGACUCAUCAACUUCCUCGACCAGGCGAGCCGCGCGACGGCUACCUGGGCGCCCAUGCACACGCUGUUCCUGACGCUCGUGAAUACGUAUUCGUUCCCUAUCUCGCGGCUGCAAGGCGAUCUGCUCGAGCUGUUCCGCGUGCUGAGUAACCUCGGCGGCGUGACUAUCGACACCAGGCAUCUGCUGCCGCGGUAUGCAGAGGGCCUGCAGCGCAUGAUGACGGAGCCCAGAUUCUCUGCUGACAGCUACCUGGCUGUGGCCAGCGAGCUGGGCGAUUUGGCCGACGAGGCGCGGGAAAAAGAGCAGUAUGCACUGUCCAAUGAGUACGCAAACGCCGUCAUCAUCGCACUCACAUACGGCUACCUGACCCAUGCCGAGACGCUGCAUUCGCAGGACGGCGACGCCUUUGCCCGCGCCAUCCAGCGGCUCCGCUGGAGAACAGAGCUCGGCCUGGGUAUCUCGCUGUCGAUUCCGCUGCGCAGCCUGACAGCCAACAAGCAGUGGAUGCGUGGUGCGGCGCCCCCAACAAAGGAAAUCAGAGAAGCAGCGCGCGACCUGCUUCUAGCCGAGGCCUCGGUGUCAAAAGCCCUGAGUCUCGUCACGGAUUCGCCGUCGCCCACAUCCAAUCCGUGGUUCCACUCGCUGCCCGUCGAGCUGAUUCCCAGCAACAAGCCGACGUUUUUCAGCGAGCGCGAAAAGGCGCAAACAUGGUAUGCGCUGGGCACCGUGCACAUGGCGCUGGGCGAAAACAUAUUUGCGUGCGGCGAUUUCGAGCGUGCGCUCGAGCUGUGGGGGAAAGAGAGCGGCGUCGAUGAGGAGGGCGGGCUGAGAGGGAAGAUCGAAGAGGCGUUUGAAAGGGCGCGGCAGGGCAUUGAUGGCGAUGCGGAGAAGAUGUGGGUCGGCGAUGUGAGACCCGGGACGGGGCUGAAGAAAGCGGCGCGCUUGGCUAGAGGGCUGUAGAAAAUAUGUCGCUGGAUAUAUCUAUGCCUGGGUGCAGCAUGGUAAUGGGUAGUAGUAGUAGUAGUAGUAGUCCGG